AUGGGAUUGAUGGCAGUCACAAAUGGCGAGGUAGCUACCCUACAAGAAGCUGGUGUGUCUAGGACCAACAUCGAACGCCUCACGCGGAUGCUUGAAGCCUUAGACCUCCAACAAAGAGAUGGACGUGGGCCGGAAAGCAGAUGGGCACUGGCACAAAGGGCGGAAGAGGGCGCGGAGGCCACGAACGCUAUCAUCAGAAUACUACGUCGUCGACUACGCCCUCGCGGAGUUCUCCCUGUUCAGCGUGUCCCUCGGGUAGAAGUUGAACGCCUCCGCAUCUUCAACUGGGUGCGUCAAUAUGUCACCUUGCUGUUGGAGAACUUGGAGCAACACCUGCGAGUCCCCCUCCAGCCUGGAGAGGACGCUCUACCUGAAGGCGAAGUCUCUUCCCCUGAAGCCUUACCAGAGGAAGCAUCCAGCGAAGGUGUGGCCAGUGGGUCAGUGACGAGAUCGCGCAGCCGCAGCCGCAACAUUUCCCAUGGGGGAUCAGGAAAUGGGUCUGCCAACACCAGCGAGUAUGCCUGCGACUCUGAGGGUGAACUUGUCUGGGUCCCGCCGGCUUCGCCUGGCGAUGCGCCACGGGGACCUCCACCACCCACACCUGUCAACUUACCAACGUGGGUGACAUUGGAACCGGUUGGUAUCUGGAGGGAACCGCCAGAGGAGGACGACGCCACUGCGACAAGCACGACCACCACCACCAUCGAGGGUGACUUGGACGACGCUUGGUUGCUACAGCUGGCCACCGGAACGACUCCGUCCUCCACAACCACCCCUUCUUCGGUGAUGGAUGACGUGAACAACGACCCGAUGGAUCCCUUGGUGCCAGUUGGAACUGAUUUGCUAGCUUGCUGCGCCAUCCCUGGGAUGUCCUGUGAACCAUGGUCCUCAACCUCGACUUCAACCACGACGACAACAUCUACGUCAUCCAGCUCCUCACAGCUUUGGCCCGCGGAUGUGAUCCGGGACAUGGUAAAUGUACAUCUGGUACAGUCUGACCCUUCCGAUGCCAUCGCACUCAUCCACCGACUGCAAGAACGACAACGACAUCUACGUCAUGUUGAUAACUUGUUGCGGGAUGCUGUUCAGGAGGCCCUCCGCUGGAUACAAAUCCCCAUGUCCGCCCUCCCGAUGAAUGCUGACAUGACGGCAAGGAACGUGAUGAAUGCGAUUGCCUAUGAAAGUACAUUUGGCUCGGGUCCUACCUCGUCGACGUCAUCCAAUGUGGUGUCAAGCCCUCAAGUCUGGCUACAACCCAAUCUGCCGACCUCGGUGGAUGACGUGGAGAAUUCAGUACCAGGCAGUGCACCGCAUGUCAUCGCGGGCUAUCGCCGAAGAGCCUGGCAUAGCCAUGUGUUGACAGUUUAUGCUGCUGCUGGUCGUGAGCCUCCUGUUGGACCCUGGCCGGCGGAGGAAGAUGAGGACCUGUUCAUCGUUCAAGCUGACCCGGCGAUUGGAGUGGAGAACUGGCCGUCCACUCUAGAGGACCUGCUCGUGGAAUUCGUGGUCACAGUGCAAGUGGACGAGAUGAGGAUGCUCGAGGAAGUGAGGAACCGGAUGCUCGAGGACUUCAACGUGACCGUGCACUACGUCGUCGGGGCCGUCUACAUCGUCCACCUCCUCGACGUCUUCGGCCUGCUGAAACUCGAGUCCGCUGCCAGAGAACGGCAUCAUUCGCUCCUCCAAGAUCUCAUCGGUCGGGAGAAAGAUGCUCGGGACAAACAUACGGCACAUCACCACGAGCUCUUGGGGCGCGAGCGUGCUGCCAACGAGGAGCGCCAUAAGGACGUCAGCGAAGUCCUGCAGAAAGAGCGCGGCCAGCGCGAGCAGGCGCACAACAUGCUGCACGACAUGGUGCACAAAGAGAAGGCUGCCCGAACGGCGAUCGAGGAGGUGUUGGUGCAAGAGAAGGGAGAACGAACGAAGCAUCUGGCGCACUUGGAUGAGAAAGUGGAUUCACUUCAGAAGUCCAUGGGCAUCUUCGAUAGCUUGGUGCGGAAGGAGAUCGAGGAGAGAACCAAGGAGUACCGGCGCCUUUGGGACGCUAUCGACACUCAUACGCACGACCUCUCCACUCAGGUUAUCAGCGAGGCGGGAGGCUACGUAGCGCCUGAAGUAACUGCCACCGCCCUGGACUCCAACAUCUACCCUCGGUACUUGACGACGGCUGCGGCACCGACGACAGCUGGGGUGACCCAGACAUGGGUGCCAAGUGUACCAUCCGUUACAUAUCAAGAACCGGUCGCUCCUUGCGUGGUCCCUCCAAGCACUUCUCCAGCAACGUCCGCCGUGCGCAUGGCUCCGUCGGUGCCCACGGUGCAGCCCUGGGGCAUCCAUGCCAAGUGA